GAUAGGAAAUUGAAUUAACAGAUUUCAAGUGCCUUCCUAUGGAUAUGACCACAACGCUUGGGGAAAUUAUAGAUGUUGCUAAGAUGCGAAAGUUGCGCUUCUAUCUGAGAACGAAGAACACGCAGCCCAACGUUGUUAAUUCCAUAGAAAAUGUUUUGGAACUGGACUCGACAGAAGAGAUGGACGAUGGAUGGUUACCAGACCUCAGUGAUGACUUAGAAAUCGAAAAUGCUGGUAUCCAGGAGAAAGAUAUAUUUACUGCAAGCGAUAUUCCCACUAUGGAGCACACACAACACAGCCCCAGGGCAUCAACUCCUACUGAUGGUCACAAAACGGUCACAUGGGAAGACUCAAUCGGGGAAAUUCAAUUUGCGGGAUGGACACCACCAGCAUUUAGAGAUCCAAUCCCAAUUGCCAUACAAGUUCACAGGGGACAUGUUUUCCAUGAUCUAAAAAUGUGGUUUAUAACUGCAACAGUAAUACUUCCGAAUGGCGACAUAGAGCAAGCAGACGAUAAUGGUGGAGUCCUGAGGGACAUUGUUUGUGAAUUUUGGGAAAGUUUUUAUGAACAAUGUACUUUGGGUUCGGACAUAAAAGUCCCAUGCUUACGACAUGACUUCGAAGUACAAGAUUGGGAGGCCAUCGCUCACGUGUUUGCACUUGGGUGGAUUCUACAACGAAUUAUCCCAGUCAGACUGGCUCCCAGCUUUCUCAAAUGUUGUCUGUAUGGCUUGGACCCACACAAGAACAACUCAGGAAUAAUCGAGGAGUUUCUCGGGUUUGUACCUCACAGUGAACGCAUAAUCCUGCAGGUCGCUCUAUCAGACUUCGACAAAGUUGACAACGAAGAAUUACUUGAUGUUCUCACUAAUCACGAAUGUAAGGUUUUGGUGACCAAGGAUAAUAUCUUUACUACAAUGGGGCAGAUCGCAAGCAAAGAGUUGGUGCAAGAACCAUCAUUCAUUAAAGAUGUUUUUUUCAACACACUAAUUGGGUAUGAACUGGACAUCGACUUAUGUAAAGUGCUAGACCGACUCAAACCAACGACAAAGCGAGUCCUAUCUCUUCUUGACUGUGAAGAUGCAAAUGCUCCUUCAUUCUGCUACCUGAAACACUACAUUCGUGAACUAAAAAACGUGUCUCUUGGAGCCUUCCUUCGCUUCACUACAGCAUCUGAUCUGUUGCUCUCCGAUGUGAAUGAUAACUAUUACCGUCUGACUGUCCGUAGGGUUGACCUAGAUGGGCUUGCUCGCAGACCAAUCGCGCAUACAUGCGGAAGAGUCCUCGAACUACCCCAAAAGUACGAAAGCUUUCCACAGUUCAGGGCUGAAUUCAAUGCAAUCUUGUGUAGUAAUAUUUGGGUUAUGGACAUUCAUUAAGAUGAUUUUGACAAGUAUGGUGUCGGUAAACGUGCUCCGGUUCUGUAUGUGUACAUGUACAGACUCGUGUCGCUUGGUAUUCCCAGCCAGUUUUGUUUUCAUCUUUUAAUUUUUAUAAUUUGAUUUGUAAUCAGUGUGAUUACUACGUCUGAGUUUGUGACAACUGAUAUUCGUUAUCUUAGUUUACAUACGAGUAUGAGAAAGUAGCGGACAUUCGUUCUGUCAGUUUACAUACAUAAAAGUAUUUUUGAUUUGUCAGUUUACAUGCAUACUAGUAUUAAAAUGAAGAUAUUGUAAUCUUAUAAUAAAUACUUUCUCAUA